AAAGGAUGGGGAAAUGGGAUGUCCUAGCAGUGGUGUUUCUAGCGAUGAUGGUGAUGCUGAUAGCAGAAGCAGCAGUAGUGAAGUAUGACUGGACCGUGGAUUACAUCACUGCGUCUCCGGACUGCGUUGAGAAGCUAGUUUUGAGCGUCAACAAUCAGUUUCCAUCACCCACCAUCCAUGCCAUGGAAGGUGACACACUUGUAGUGCGUGUGACGAAUGCCAUUCCCACUGAAGGUGUUGUGUUCCAUUGGCACGGAAUUCAUCAGACGACGACACCAUUCUUCGACGGCGCGGCUUAUGUGUCUCAGUGUCCUAUCAACCCCGGAGAGACUUUCACCUAUAGAUUCACAGUUGAGCGGGCCGGAACUUACUUCUAUCAUGGACAUUUCGGCAUGCAGCGAGCGGGAGGGCUCUUCGGGUCUCUGAUCGUGUCAAUAUCAUUGCACAAGGAGCCGUUCGCGUACGAUGGCGAGCACAGCAUCAUCCUUACCGACUGGUGGCACAAGUCUAUCUACGAGCAACAGCUUGGACUUACGAGCAUUCCCUUCCGAUUUGUGGGCGAGCCUCAGUCUUUGCUAAUUCAGGGCCGAGGUAGUUACAAUUGUACGGGACUCGCUGGAGUUGCUCCUGGUUCCCUCAACUGCAUCGUCUGCAACUCCACCAAUCCCUUAUGUGCUCCACAUGUGUUGCCUGUGAUGCCUGGAAAGACGUACCGGCUACGCAUUGCCAGCGUUGCUUCCUUGUCGUCCCUCAACUUCAUUCUUGAGGGUCACACAUUGACCGUAGUCCAGGCUGAUGGACGAUACGUGAAGCCAUUCCAGGUUGACAACUUGAAUGUAUACUCUGGGCAGUCGUAUGAUGUUCUCUUCACAACAAACAAGGAGCCAUCGAGGAAUUUCUGGGCCGCCGUAAACGUUAGGGGAAGAAAAAUGAGCACCCCAACAGGCCUCGCAAUCUUGCAGUACCUGCCCAACCCGGCGACCCUUGUGCCUCUCACCCCUACCCCUGUUAGCCCCGCCUGGAAUGACACCGCUGCAAGCGUUGCGCAAGCUAAAAUGAUUCUUGCCAAAUUCGGCUACGAGCAGGCACCUCCGCUGAAACCAGACCGCACGGUGACGAUCCUCGGCACGCAGAAUAUGGUGGAUGGACACAUAAAAUGGGCGUUGAAUAACAUCUCCCACGUGGCGAGACCAACUCCUGUUCUCGCAGCGUUGAAGUACAACAUCCGCGGCGCCUUUGACUCCGAACCUCCGCCCGACUUUCCCAUCAAGGACUAUGACGUGUUCGCGCCGCCCCCCACCAACUACCGAAAUGCUACUUCGGGCAGCCCGGUGUAUGUGUUCACGAAGGAUAGUGUGGUUGACAUCAUCGUACAAAACGCUAACACCUUAACCCCGAACAAUAGCGAGAUCCAUCCUUGGCACCUUCAUGGCCACGACUUCUGGAUUCUUGGCUAUGGCGAGGGCCAAUUCGACCCUGAGAAAGAUCCUGCGUUUUUCAACCUGGUGGAUCCUCCGGUACGGAACACAGUGGCCGUAUUCCCAUAUGGGUGGGUUGUGAUCCGCUUCAUCGCCAAUAACCCUGGUGCGUGGCCCUUUCACUGCCACAUUGAACCGCAUUUUCACAUGGGUAUGGGAACCGUCUUCGCGGAGGGCAUCGAACACAUUCCCGAGCUUCCGACUCAAACCUUGGGCUGUGGCCUCACAAAGAGAUUAAUGAGGUUGUAGUCUCCAAUUCACUUUGUGAUGGUGUCCAAUUUUGCCGGCAUACUUGUGCUGUAUUGAGCUGAGGAAGAUGAUUUUGUCGAUUAGAGUCGACCGAUUACGUUCCACCGGAGAACUGUGAAGUCGGUCUGAUGGUCACUUGUAAGAUAAGGUGGGUAACGGAGAUAGUGUUGAGAAAACCUAAAUUGAUUUUUGACGGAGAGCAUCAAACAGGGGAGCCCGAGUAUAGAAUUCUCUUGAGACUACCGAGAUAUUUGUUGUCCGCAAGGACCAGAGGUAUAUGCCAUUCAUUGACGAGUUGUGAUCUCAGAUAAUUUUUGACUUGAGCGUCCUGACCUCUACGUCUCAUUUAAAACCUCUACGUACACGACAUGGAACGAAGCGACGGUGAACGUCCACACGAAUUUGUGGACCGGCGGGAAAGAAGGGAUCAAUGCACACCAGAACUUGGAAUUACCAACCGACUCGCUGCCUCCCACCCACCCACAAACACACAAACACACACCCGUGCGUUCCAGGUUACUCGCAAGUAUUAACCACAUCUUUGAGCCCCACUUUCCAGUUCACAGUGUCUACUUCUGCACAUGGACCCAGCUAUAUUGUAGCCUCGAAGGUUGGUCCAAGCCCCCACUUUCUGACUAUCUCCGCCGUGUCCUGGUUGGAUCUGUUGCCCAAGCUAUCAAUCCACAACUUGCAUCUGUAAAAUCGAGAUAUAUAUAUAUAUAUAUAUAUAUAUAUAUAGAUUUAUUGUAUUAACUCAGCUUGGAUAAUGCGAACAUCCACCGACGAGACGUACUCCAACACUUGCUUGGAGUCGAGACGCUGAUCUUCUCUCGUGAUCGUGUGCCGUUAACACGCACUUGGUUCUUUUUCUUUUUCUUUUCCUUUUUUAAUUAUUUUUACACAAUUAAAGGUAUACUUUACUUCGAUACGCACUUGGGUUUUGCGUUUGCCAAUUGUAGCCCUCAGUUGUACAAACCCCAAUGGAUUCCCAAUUUGGCCUUCCCAACUCACAUCUUUUUUGGAUGUCAAACAAGGAACGAU